AUGCAAUCCUGGUUCACGUCACUUCAGCACAAGCUGAUGUCAAUGUCUAAUAUUAUUCGUACGAGAUUUGGAAUUGACUUAUUAUAUGGCAGAUACUCCUCAGAAGCAAGACGUAGUUCAUGUAGUAUUGAUCUCAAAGGUGGGGACUAUGAAGUUUCAAGUUCCAGUAUGAAUGUUGACGCGAAAUCUAUCGUACAACGCAUGGAUGAAUCCCUGCAUCUAUCAUUCUUUUCUAAGUCAAUCUCGGGAUCGAUUGACAUGGUCAUUACUGACAAAACGUACUCCGUUGCCGGCUGA